AUGAGCAUGGCAGUCCUAACGCCACCGAAGCCACGGAAGAUGAAGUUCUUUAAGGCUGCUCCGCCGCCCCCGAAACGCUACAAACCAGCAUACAUCGACCCGGACGAGGACUCGCCGCCAUCGAAGAAGUUCAGAGGCGCGAAUGGAAAGGCGAUACCGAACGGAAAGCCCAAAAGCUCGGGGGGAUCUGGGUUCAGGCGACCUGUACUCAAUGGCGAUGCCACCAAGCAAGUGGACGCCCGACGCCAGAAGCUGGACCGGAUGAUGCAGGCUCUUAGGGAGGAGGCGGAUGAGCCGCUGCCCUCAGAGGCUUCUACGAAGAAGGAGCGGGCCCAAGAGGCUAUCCGCAAGCAGCGGAUGGAUCUCCCGAUAACCGCAGGGAGAGCACGGUUAGUGGAAGCCGUGCAGGCCAACGAUGUGACUAUACUCGUUGGGGAGACUGGAUCCGGGAAGACUACUCUCGUUGACUUCCCCUCAGAAAUCCCGCAAUACCUGUUCGAAGCAGGGUAUCAGUCGAUCGCGGUUACGCAACCGCGUCGAGUGGCCGCGACGUCCCUCGCCGAUCGCGUUUCGAAGGAGCAAGGGACGACCAUCGGCACGCGCGUCGGCUACAGCGUUCGAUUCGACGAGCGCUGCAGCGCGAACACGAACAUCAAGUAUGUCACGGACGGUAUGCUCGUCCGGGAGAUGAUGGGGGAUGCCCUGCUGGAGAAAUACAAUGUGAUCAUUGUAGACGAGGCGCACGAGCGCACACUACGGACGGAUAUACUCCUCGCGCGGUUGAAGGAGAUCGUGAAGGCGCGCAAAAACGCCGACGGGAAGGGCAAGGGGAAGGAGAAGCCCUUCAAGGUGAUCGUCAUGUCUGCGACGCUCGACGCCGACAAGUUCAGCCGUUAUUUCGACGGCGCUCGCAUAUUAUAUGUGAAGGGACGCCAGCAUCCCGUAACGAUAUACCAUGCAUCGCAACCGCAGCUCGACUACCUUGACGCUGCUAGCCGUACCUUCUGGCAAAUACACACGGAUUAUCCUGCGGGAGAUGUUCUUAUCUUCCUACCUGGUCAGGACGAUAUCGAGUCCUUGCAGAAGAGCAUCGAGCUUACUGCAUCAAGGUUGCCGCUGGAGGCGAUGCAGGUAAAUUUGCUGCCCAUGUAUGCGGCGCAACCUCCUGGCGAAACCGCGCGUAUAUUCACGCCGAACGCGCCAAAUACGCGCAGGUGCAUAUUGGCGACGAACAUCGCUGAGACAAGUUUGACGAUACCGGGCGUCAAGUAUGUUAUCGAUACUGGGAAGUGCAAGGAGAAGCGCUUCUUAGCAUCGACGACUGGGGGAGGGAGCGGUCUCGAUACGCUGCUCACCCAGGACAUCUCGCAGAGCUCUGCGAUGCAGCGAGCUGGUCGUGCAGGACGUGAGGGCCCUGGGUCUUGCUUCCGGCUCUAUACUGCCGACGACUACAAGAAGCUCAAGCCUGCUGCCGAGCCUGAGAUCCUUCGCUGCAGCUUGACGUCCAGUCUACUCCAGCUCAAAUGCCUCGGGCAGGACCUUGAAGCCAUCGAUUUCAUCGACCGCCCAGACGAGGGCUCGCUUGCUAACGCGCUCAAGACCCUUUGGCUACUCGAGGCGAUCAACAACGAGAAGCAGCUGACGCCGCUGGGCCGCAAGAUGGCGGUCUUCCCCCUCGAGCCGGUAUACGCGAGGGCGCUGCUCGCCGCGGUCGAGCACGGCUGCACGGCGGAGGUGCUCGACAUCGUGUCCGUGCUGAGCGCGUCCGCGAAGCUCUUCCUUGACGUCGCGGACGCGCGCCAGGCGAUCGCGGCCGAGCGCGAGAAGUUCCGCGCUGGGAGCGGGGACCACAUGACGGUGCUCGCCGUCCUGCGCGCGUACGACGACGUGGCGACGGAGAAGAAGGGCGCGAGGCGGGAGUGGUGCAGGCGGCACUAUCUGAACGAGCGCGCGCUGAUGGAGGCAAGGGACAUAAGGGAGCAGUUGAGGGGGCUCUGUGAGCGGGAGGGCGUGGAUUGGAAGGCGAGUUUGCCGGAGGGGCCGGGGAGGGAGGAUGCGGUGGUGAGGAGUAUGGCGCAUGGGCUGGUGCAGAAUUCGGCGUUGUUGCAGCCGGAUAAUACGUAUAAGCAGCUUAUGGGUGGGGCGGCGGUAAAGAUCCAUCCCGCUUCGGUGCUGUGCGAGAAGAAAGUGCCUGCUAUCAUUUAUGACGAGCUGGUGUAUACUAAUCAGGUAUAUGCGCGAGGGGUGUCGUCGGUACCGCGGUCUGUGCUUGGGACUAUCGGGACGAUUAGCAGAAGAUCUGCGUGAUCUUCGUUGUGUAAAGUGUGCAUCCGUUAGGUCCAUGCUGUACUAUCUUUUUGUGUGUAUGCGAGCCUCGCAUGCGAUGCUGCUAAACAAA